AUGGUCACUGGGUUCAACUCUUUCCUAUCGGCUAAGAAGAAGCCUAUCGCCGCUUUGUCAGAGGCAUACAAUAGCACAGUGGAAUAUCAAACUCCGACUUCAUCGUGGACGACACAGAUUGAGUUUGUAAAAAAGGUUCAAAAGCAUUUCGGAGACAAUGUUCUGAGAAAUAAAUCGUUUCUUGAUGCUUUGGGUGUGUGGCGAUUUGGGGACAAGGUCAUUGAUCGGCUCGAUCAAGAGGUUGCUGGUGUGUUUAAAGAGCUCCCAGAUAUAUACAUGGAGUUUAAGGGGUUUUAUGGUGAUUUUUCAGAGGAGAAAUCGACUGAUAGGGAGCGAAUUGACAAGAAUUAA